UUUAAUGAACCUCUAAAUACAAAAUGAACUUGUAGAUUUGAAUAUUUUCCGCAAAGUUAGAUUCUUCAAAUGAAGAUGAUGAUAUGCUUUCUAUCUGCCAAUGUUGAGCAGAUGGCCCACAUAGAUGGAGCAAUGUAACACCAAAUAUGAAUUUAGCACCUGGUUGUUUUUCAUCCUCCUGAAAGGUGGUGGCUGCUCUGAGUGUUCUCACACAUGUCUCAUAAUCAGAUGGCAGGGUGACAGUCAGCGCCAGAGACGCAGAACUCGCCGUUGCUCAUGGUUUAAUAUCUGAGCUCAGGAAGAGCUUGAUGGAAUCGAGAGAGAGUUUCAGCACUUUAAACAUUAUCAAGAGCAACUCUGGAGCAAAUCAGGUUACCUGAAGUGCAAAGGGUGAAAUCAAGAAUGCUGAAGGCACAAUGGAUCCCCUAGUUCAUCUGAGCCCGCUGAGAGUCCGAAUCUCUGCUCUUCCGCACCCCACGCGCCCACCUCGUCCUUGGGCACCCGACCCUGCGCCUUUCGCCUUCUCCUGGAGGAGUGAGUAGAGUUUUCCCACCGACACACGGGAGAAAGGUGAACCCUUCCUGUGUAAAUAUGACUGGAUGGAGGUCUCAGUGGCGUCUGGUCCUGCUCAACUCGCUGACGUGUGGCCUGGAGAUCUGCGUGGCGGCUGGGAUCACCUACGUGCCCCCUCUUUUGCUGGAGGCCGGAGUGGAGGAACAGUACAUGACGAUGGUUUUAGGUAUUGGACCUGUCCUGGGACUUCUCUUCAUCCCCCUAAUUGGCUCAGCCAGUGAUCACUGCAACAGCAGCUACGGCCGACGGCGACCCUUCAUAUGGCUGCUGUCAUUGGGAGUUCUCCUAGCCCUUUUUAUCAUACCACAUGCUGAUGUGUUGGCCGCCAACCUGAGCUGGGGCAGCAGCCGUCGCAACCAGGCUCUCCAGGUGGGCCUGCUCAUCCUAGGCGUGGGCCUAUUGGACUUCUGCGGACAGGUGUGCUUUACGCCAUUGGAGGCAUUACUCUCGGACCUCUACCGUGACCGGGAUGACUGCGGACAGGCUUUCGCUAUGUUCUCCUUCAUGGUAAGCCUUGGAGGUUGUGUAGGCUAUUUGCUGCCUGCCCUUGACUGGAGCGGAGGGCUUCUUUCCUUCUACCUGGGUGGUCAGGCAGAGUGCUUGUUCUCCCUCCUCAUCCUCAUCUUCAUGGUCAGCGUGUUAGUGACCAUGAAAGUGUCCGAGGAGCCCUUGUCCACCCUGGAACCAGGGCCGCCGGAGCCUAGACGGUGUUUUCCACGCUCGUGUUGCUAUCUGUUUCAGUGUAAGCUGCGGGCUCUGAAGUCCGGCCCGCUCAUGUGCCUGCUGAGGACUUGCUGGUCCAUGACACCGGCCAUUUAUCGCAGCUACUGCCACGUGCCACGUGUCAUGCAACAGCUGUGUUUGGCACAGCUCUGCAGCUGGAUGGGUGUCAUGUCCUUCAUGCUGUUCUACACAGAUUUUGUCGGCGAGGGUUUGUACGAAGGAGUUCCCAGCGCCGCUCCGGGUACCGCUCUCAGGCAGCGCUAUGAUGAAGGUAUCCGUAUGGGCAGCCUGGGCCUGUUCCUGCAGUGUGCUACCUCAACCUUCUUCUCGCUGGUCAUGAGCAGACUAGUGCGUCUCUUUGGGUCCAGGGCGGUCUAUUUGAGCAGCAUGGUGUGCUUCACCAUCUCAGCUCUGGUCAUCUGCUUGUCCAAGAGCGUUCUGUUGGUCACAGCUAUGUCUGCCCUUACUGGCUUUGCCUAUGCCACACUGCAGACACUGCCUUACACGCUCACCUGUCACUACCACAAAGAAAAAGAGGUGUACAUGCAAAACAGCAAAACCCCAAAACCGCACACAAAUGGAUUCACCAUCACAAGGGAUUCUGUUUGUCUGACACUAGACAGCGGCCCUGGAGAUCUCAACCACAAGAGUGGCAUUUCCAAUGGGCAUGUUCCUCACAGUAGAGAUGAACCAGGCUACUACCCAUCUCUCUAUCAGAACGGUGCCCACCUUGGUCUGGAGUCAGAGGAUUUUGAGAAACGUGGGGUGGGACUAGACUUUGCCAUUCUGGACAGCACCUUCCUUCUGUCUCAGGUCUUCCCUACCCUCUUCAUGGGCAUGAUCGUCCAGUUCACAGAGUCCGUCACCAUGUACAUCGCCUCCUCUGCCAUCUUUGGUGCCAUUGGCAUCUAUUUCGCCACCCACAUCAUCUUUGACCAAAAGGACCUCAGAAGCUGAAAGCAGCAGUAAUCAUGUCAUGUUUGCUUUGAGGAUGAAUUGUGCGUUUUCAGAUCUCUAUGGGACCAAUGGACUCAUCAAACUGGACUUGAUGUAAUUCCUGUUGUGUUUUAAAUACUUUUUGUAAAGAACUAUUCUAUUGUGUAUAUAUUUUUUUAUAUUGAUAAUAUAUUCAUAUUUAUAUCCCUAUGGGAAUUUUUAUGCAACCCGUUUUGGCGAGGUCUGUAUUUAUGUAGUACUUUUAAUCUUGUUUGACUUGUUUGUCAUACAAAAGUGUCUUAAUUUGAUUUUAACCUGAAAUCUUGGUCAGUAACCAAGACUAAUAGCACAAUAUUGUCAUGUAUUAAAACUCAAUCUGACGUUCAAAUGACAAUCUGAGAUAUUUUUCUACAGGUAACUUUACACACAGACCUAUAAGCUAUUCAAAGUGUUGCAAACCAUUAUCACCAAUAUGACUUUUCAGUUACAGUAGGUAACUUUUACAUAACUUUAACAUUUUUAAUGUUCUAUUUAAGUAAUGCAUCUGUAAGUAGACUCACCAUUGGUCAGGGAGUAUGUGUGUAGAGCUUUAUGUACAAUGUUAUGGCUUGUGAAAAGUGGCAAUAUUCUCAGGAUGGACUUGUCGUCCAGUUGAAAAAUCAUCAGUCCAAUCACAGAACAAUGAACUAAUAAAAGAGGUACUGAUAUUUUAAA